GCUGCAUUGGUCUCUGUACGAUGUAGUAUCGGGAUGAGAGGCAGAAUGACAGCCCAGGGGGAGGCUGCAGGGAGCAGGUAGCAGCAUGGUGGUCUCUCUCCAGGUUAUUUCCACUCGGGGAUACCUGGAGUAGCGCAGGAACUGUCACAUGUUCAGUUGCGCGCCCCCCCCCCCACCAAUGAAGAGGAAGCGGUGCUGCGCAGGAAUCGCCAUUGCUUCGUUGGGAUUGGCUGGCCAGUGAGCGGAACAUAAUGAUGGCAGGAAUGAGGCCCAUUUGGGGCCACUGGAUCCUGAUUUUCUGGCUUGGAACCUGUGCCGAGGCCCUGACCAGAGCUACGGGCAGCAAACCUGCAGAAUUCGGCAAGCGCUACACCGGGUUUGUGGAUAAGAACACGGAGGAGCUCUACUCGUUCAGUUACACCAGCAAAAAUGAUACGGUGGAUGCUCUCCGGGUGUUUGUAAGUUCCAAUUCAAUCAACUUGGAGUUCCCGGUGCUGUUUGUGGUGCGGCAGCAGAAAGCCAUCCUCUCCUGGCAGGUUCCUAUGGUCUUCAGAGGAAAUUUCCCAAGGACGUACACUUACCAGGAUGUCAGCCGCACGCUGUGUCCCACCGAGCCCGAGGAAGGGACGGGGUCCCAGGAGCAAUUUAUAUAUAUCGACAUCGCCUCCAUGUCGCCCUCUAUUGUUCAAUAUGAGCUCAUGGUGACCCGACUGCUUUCCUUCCAGCUAAAGACUUCUGUUCCUUUCAACUUCAGUGCGUCACCAUCUCAGCCUCAGUAUUUUCUCUACACGUUUCCUGAGGGCGUCGAUUCCGUCAUCAUCAAAGUGAAAUCUCCUGAAAACUACCCCUGCUCGGUGGUGUCGGUGCAGGACAUUUCGUGCCCAGUGUAUGACCUGGACUAUAAUGUGGAAUUUAAUGGCGUCUACCAGACCAUGACAAAGCAAGCCGCCAUCACGGUGCAGAGGAAGGAAUACCCUGGGGGCAAGUUUUAUGUGGUGUUUGUCAUCAAACCUGAAGAUUAUACCUGCGGAGGGACCGUGCCCCAGUCCACUCAAGGGUCAGGAAAUCACACCUGGAACCUGAAGAGGGUGAAACACAUGGAGGUGACUGUCAGCCCAUCAGUAAAAGACUCAGUGUACGUUCAGGCUACACUUCUGUGUCUGCUCUACUUCCUGAUCUUCUACGUGGGAUCCCUAUUGGUGGCGUUUGUGCACUACGUAAGCAUCCACAGGAAGGAAAGGAACCUGAAGGGCAGCCCCGACGAGGGUGAAGGCACCGUGGCCGCCUCCCACCCCAUUACGACCAGUACCCCAGAUGGAAGCAGCUAUGGAGCAAUAGAUGAGUCGAGCCCCGGGGCCCGAAAGAUGACUCCUCCUCCCAUCCCUCGACCCCGCGUGUACUCUGAUAGCUCCGCGGAUGAAGAGAGCGACUUUGAUGCCAUCCCGGAAAUGGAGACCGACAAGAACGUCAUUCGGGCAAAGACGUUCCUGUAUGUGUCGGACCUGGCAGUGAAAGACCGCAGGGUUGUGAGCAAAAAGUACAGGAUUUAUUUUUGGAACAUAAUCACCAUCGCAGUGUUCUACGCUCUGCCUGUCGUGCAGUUGGUUAUCACUUACCAGACGGUGCUGAACGUGACGGGUAACCAGGACAUCUGUUACUACAACUUCCUGUGUGCCCACCCGCUGGGGGUCCUCAGCGCCUUCAACAAUGUCAUGAGCAACAUGGGUCACGUCCUGCUGGGUUUCCUCUUCCUACUGAUUGUCCUGCGCCGAGACCUUCUGCACAGGCACCUUCUCGAGGUCAAUGACACCUACGCCAAGGAUUAUGGCAUCCCCAAACAUUUCGGCCUCUUUUACACAAUGGGCGUGGCUCUGAUUAUGGAAGGGGUGCUGAGCGCUUGCUACCACGUGUGCCCCAACUACUCCAACUUCCAGUUUGAUACCUCCUUCAUGUACAUGAUCGCGGGGCUGUGCAUGCUGAAACUGUACCAGACGCGCCAUCCGGACAUCAACGCCAGCGCCUACGCCGCCUAUGCCUCCUUCGCCCUGGUCAUUUUCCUGGCAGUCAUGGGAGUGAUUUUCGGGAAGGACAACAUCUGGUUCUGGGUGAUAUUUUCCAUUGUCCACGUGGUGGGUUCCCUGGCGCUCAGCACUCACAUCUAUUACAUGGGGCGCUUCAGGAUUGAUGUGUCCAAUGCAGAUUUUGGCAUUUUCAAGCGCAUUGCCCAGGUGCUGUACACGGACUGUAUGCAGCAGUGCAGCCGGCCCAUGUACAUGGACAGGAUGAUUCUUCUCAUCGUGGGAAACAUUGUCAACUGGCUCUUCGCCAUAUUUGGCCUGGUGUUCCGGCCUCGAGACUUUCCCUCCUACCUGCUGGGCAUCUUCAUCUGUAACCUGCUGCUCUACCUGGCGUUCUACAUCAUUAUGAAGUUGCGCAGCUCAGAGAGGAUCCAGACGCUGCCGCUCUUCUGUAUCAUUGCCACGGCCGUUGUGUGGGCAGCCGCCCUGUACUUCUUCUUCCAAACCCUCAGCAGCUGGGAGCAAACCCCCGCGGAAUCCCGAGAGAAGAACCGCUCCUGUAUCAUCCUGCACUUCUUCGACGACCACGACAUUUGGCACUUCCUCUCUGCAACCGCCAUGUUCUUCUCCUUCCUGGUCCUCCUUACACUGGAUGAUGAUCUGGACGUUGUACGCAGAGACAAAAUCCCAGUGUUUUAAAGACCUUCCACUUAAGAACUUCUCCUCCAUGGAUCGAUUGAGAAGCUUGGUAACAAGCUGAAGCUGCUGCUACAGUAAAGCACUUUCCAGCUGUCCAACAGAAACAACUGGAGAGGAUGUUGGUGCCAAUAGCUGGAGAAAUGUUCUUAUUCUCUCCUUAGCCAACCGAUCUGCUGAUCAAAAGUCCAUACAUGCUGCCUACAAAUACUGCCAAACCCAGAGCUUGGUGCCCCCUAGCUGCCGGGCCGCUCAGCCCUAGCUUUUAUAUUACUGCACAAUGUACUCGAUGUUCUAAAAUUUGUGAAUCAGAUUCCCACAGCUGUGGGUCCAUAACUUAUUUCCUUCCCCAGGGCACCUCAGUGCGGGGCACGUCAGUAGAUUUGCUGCUUAAACUUGACAUUGAGUGGUGGGAUCCAACCCAGGACUUCAGCUGAUGGAAGAGACAGCAGGUACGGCUGAUAAAGAGCAGAUAUUUGUACCGUUGCCCAAUCAGAUCUGAGAAAAUAACCAAAAAGUAGUAAAGGACAACAUUACCACUGGA